UCUUGUUGCUUCCUUGGAUUCAAGUUCUCAAGACGAACACAAAAGAACCUCAGAAACCUGAGCCAACAGCAGGAAAAAACGUGACCCUGCAUAAUAUAGAUUAUAUCUUUGGCAGCCUUCGCCGUUAUUUAAUAGCGCGUAUAGCGGCUGCGUAUGAGAGUACCGUUAUUCUGGCGACGAUACUAAGCUCUUGUCUUGUUCUACAUCAGAUGCGCUGGGUUUAGUACAGGAAAAUCCAAGUAAUUGCCAUCUUUAGUCAUGGCGUUUCUUGGUCUAGCGAUAUGCGUUACGGUACAGUUUUUCUUCUUGUCGACGACGGCUAUGAGACCAUCACCAAAGAAAUCCACAGAGACUUUAUUGUACACAAAGAAAAUGCCUUCUGAGGAUUUCAGCACCGUGUCGAUCACCGGGAACCGAGCUGGAAACAUGAUGCCGACAAUCGGGAAUGGUUAUAUUGCGAGUGUUUUAUACAGCGAUACUGUUCACGUCUCGGGCCUUUAUAAUGGCAAGGCGUACUCCAAAUUCUACCCGAUUUAUCCCAUCAACAUCACCCAGCACACGCAUAGGGCACGUCUUCCAUCUACAUGUUCGCUCUCCUUCGAGGUAUUUGGAAUCCAAGGUGAUUCCUCCUACGCUCUUGAUAUCAAAAAGGGGAUAUUCUAUAAGUGGUUUGAUGCUGUGGUGAAUAUUAACGAAACGCUAACGAUCGAGCAGAGAUUCUACGCGCAUCGCCAACUGAGACAUUUAAUUGUCGUCGAAAUAUCAAUCAAAAAUGACUUGAGCCAGAACGUCACCCUCAAUAUUUCAAAUAAUUUUGGCGAGUAUACGAAUGAUAUAGGACUGAAGCAAUACACCGUGGAUAAAGAACUAGCAAUGGAGAUGGCUUAUGGAGAGAUCAAGACCGUAGAAGAGGUAGACAGUCUAAAAUCCAAGGUGGCUCUUGCAUUUCAAGAUAUUCCUGACCACAUCGUUAUAGAAGCACAUGACUGGAAGACUUGGUAUUAUGUUACAGCAAUCGCAACAAGUAUUGAUACCAAGUUUGAUCCAUGGCGUCAAGCUGAAAAUGCUUGGAGAUUAGGGGAAAAGCGUGCACGGUUUCUGCAGUGGCAUCAUACAAAAGCCUGGGAAGAACUAUGGAACUCCGGCAGUAUCGAUAUCGACGGCAACCUUGAGUUAUCCCAGGCUGUCUAUGCAAGUAUGUACCAGAUACUGAGCUCUACCCGGGCUGACUGGCCGUACGGCUUAAGUCCGGGGGGACUGUCCGGUGGUGAAGAAUACAUGGGACAUACCUUUUGGGACCAGGAUAUUUGGAUGUUUCCAUUCUUGUUGCUCUUGUAUCCAGAUCUCGCCAGAGCAUCGCUACAAUAUCGAUACGAUCGACUGCCUGCUGCUAGACGAAUAGCCAGAUUGAAUAAAUAUAGAGGUGCCAUGUUUCCAUGGGAAAGCUCUCUCACUGGAAUCGAAACUUCUCCUGGUUGGAAAUACGGUAAACAUCAAGUUCACAUCACUGGGGACAUUGCCUAUACUGCUAGAAUAUAUUGGUACGCUACCAAGGAUAUUCAGUGGCUUCGUCACAUUGGAUUCAAGUUGGUUUACUACACUGCAGAAUUCUGGUCCAGUAGAGUGUAUUACGACAAGAAGAAAGAUCAAUAUCAAAUCAACUACGUAAUGCCACCGGACGAAUACCAGUUUCCUGUUGACAACUCUUUCUACACUAACGUCGUGGCAAAACAGAAUCUUGAGUUUGCCCUCGAGUGCGGUAGAAUCUUGAACAGGUACGUUCCCCCAUACUGGGCCAAAGUGGCGGCCAAAAUGUACAUCCCAUUUGACGAAGAUCUGCAGUAUCAUCCCGAGUUCGACGACUUCCAUGAUGGCCUUAAAACAAAACAAGCAGAUGCUAUUCUUGUUGGUUAUCCGCUCAUGUACAACAUGACCAGAGAGGUUCGUUAUAAUGACCUUGACAUAUACGAAAACAUUACUGAUGCCCGUGGACCAGCCAUGACACAUGCAAUGACGGCCAUUGGCUGGUUGGAAGUUGGCGAAAAGAAACGUGCCAACAGAGCUUUCUUGAAGAAUUUUAAGAAUAUCAAUGGCCCUUUCAAGGUAUGGACGGAGAACAUCAAUCGGAAGGGAGCUGUUAACUUCAUAACAGGUGCAGGUGGCUUCCUACAGGCUGUCCUGUUUGGCUAUGGAGGGUUCCGUAUUAGAGAAGAUCACCUUGAAUUCAACCCAACUUUGACUCCUUCCAGUAAGAAGCUAUCCAUCAAAGGUGUGGACUAUCUUGGUAACUCAAUGGACUUUGUCAUCAAGAGGAAGCGAGUUAUGAUCACCUUAACUACAAAGAAAGAAAUAAUAGCACCCAAAUUAGAAGUAGUCUUAUAUAAUAAGGUUGAGGAGCUGCAAUACAACAAGACUGUCAGUGUAAUGAGAGGAAAAGGAAAAAUUAGAUUGCGGCAAUAGUUUGUUAUGUGGACACUCUACACCUCACCGGCUUUUUUGCUCUUCUCUUCACUUACUCAAGAAACCAUAAAUGAAGAGUUAAUUUCUUUUAAAUUUGAAAAGUUUACAGUAUGGUAAAGCUGUGCUGUGCCUUGCUUUGCUUCUGAAUUCUGAUUUGAUGUGCUGUAAAUUGUGUGCUGUAAUUAUGGCUCAAAAUUGUUUGGUAAAUCUCCAUACGAAUGCUUUCCAAUCAUCUGCCAAAAGUCACAUGAAAUCUUUUCCAAAUAGUACUGUAUUGAGUGUGCACAGUAUAUUAAUAAAACUUUUAGAUUAAUAGAUUGGCUGUUAAUGAGACAGUAUAAGAUGUCAAUGUACUGUGUAUUCAAAUAAGAUAGAGGCACAAAAGUACUCAAGGCUUACAGUACAUUUCUACCCUAUAUUACUACUAGUAAUAUUGAACUUUUAAAAAGAUUGACCUCUUUUCUUUGGGUGUAAUGUUUUCCCAUUUCAUACCAUUUAGGGGUAGGGUUUGGGUUUAGGUUAAGGUUAAGGUUAAGCCACAUGGGAAGUGUCAGAACAAAUAUUUUGAUUGAUGUAAUCUGCUGUCAAUUAGUUUUACAUGCCAGGGACAGAUCCAGGGUAUCUUGCAGUGCACCUUACAGCCCACUAAUGUCAAUGUUGUGUUAUUAUUAUUAUUAUUCAUAUAUGUGUGUGUAAAUAACUACUUUAACGCUUUUUCAAAGGGAUGAAUAUCUCUUUUUAAAUGUCUUCAUUUGGGAACCCCCCCCCCCCCUAAUGAAUUCCUGGGUCCACCCUGCAUGUGCCAUCAUUAUGACAUUCAUGACCUUGGAAUACUAGUUCCCAGUUAAUGUUUAGAAGUAGAAGUAUUCAAAAUUGAGAAAACUUUAUUCAAAUAAUCUAUGACUUGUUAGGGGGGGGGGGGGGGGGGGGAAGAGAAGAAUGUGUAGCAUGCUAUUAUUGACCAUUAUAUAGUGGAGGAAAACUUGAACUAAAUAUCAAUCAUGACAUAAGGAAAUAAUGGAGGUUAUGUAUAUAAAUAAAGAUUUCUCAUACUA